CGAUAUUUCUCUUCUUUUCCCUCCCGUUCCACAUCCAGAGCCCUUUUUGAAAAAUAUGAGUUUUCAGAAAAGACCUCGUAAGUUUAUAGAGUUUACAGAAACACCCCAAAGAUUUCGGGUGUAUAAAUAAGCAGCGUCGUCUUCAUCGGUCACUAGAGAAAAAUGAGAGCUCGCGGGUAUCAACGAGCUCCGUCAAUGGAGGAACCAACGGAGAUUCCGACGGAUAAGACGCUUCAUCCAAAUUACCCAUUUCUGAUGUCCUCACAUGGUCUCAAGUCCUUUGAAUCGGACGACGACGACGACGACUCAAACCUCGAGUCCAACGAUCAAUUCGCUUUCAGUAUCAGCACAGACUUGCUUGUCGAUGUCAAAGACGUAUCCAUAGAGGAAGUAAUCGGCGAAGGUUCAUCUUCUAUAGUCUACAAAGGAUUGUUCAUGAGAUUUAUCCCUGUGUCUGUGAAGAUAUUCCAGCCUAAAAGAACAUCUGCUGUAAGCAUUGAGCAGAAGAAGAAGUUUCAAAGAGAGGUUUUGCUGCUUUCCAAGUUUAAACAUGAAAACAUUGUGCAGUUCAUUGGGGCGUGCAUAGAACCAAAGUUGAUGAUAAUUACUGAACUCAUGGAAGGCAAUACUCUUCAGAAGUUUAUGCUGAGUACUCGUCCAAAGCCUCUUGAUCUGAAGCUCUCGAUUAGCUUUGCAUUGGAUAUUGCUCGGGGAAUGGAGUUCUUGAAUGCAAAUGGCAUCAUUCACCGCGAUUUGAAACCAAGUAAUAUGCUCUUAACAGGUGAUCAGAAACGUGUAAAGUUGGCUGAUUUUGGACUUGCUAGAGAGGAGACUAAAGGUUUCAUGACAUGUGAGGCUGGUACAUACAGAUGGAUGGCUCCAGAGUUAUUCAGCUAUGACCCGCUUCAAAUUGGCGAAAAGAAACACUACGAUCAUAAGGUGGACGUUUACAGUUUCGCCAUUGUUUUCUGGGAGUUACUUACCAACAAAACCCCAUUCAAAGGAAAGAACAACAUCUUUGUAGCUUAUGCUGCCAGCAAAAACCAGAGACCAAGUGUGGAAAAUCUUCCAGAAGGAGUUGCUUCUAUCCUGCAAUCAUGCUGGGCAGAGGAUCCUGACGCUCGUCCUGAGUUUAAAGAGAUUACAGUUUCACUAACAAACUUGCUCAGAAGCUUAAGCUCAGACACUGAUGCCACUUCAUCCAAUAGCAAAACCAAUAUAGCUACCGAGGAUUCAACAAGCAGUCUGGUUCAAGAACGUGUUGUCUGUGAUUGUCCCGGACUAAAGAUGACCAAGACGAAGAAGCUGAAGAAGAAGACGAAUAAAGUGAUGAAUAUGAUCGUUCCUUUUCUCAGGAUCUUCAAAAGUUGUAUGUCCAAGUGAUGGAAGUAGAAACUCUGGUAAAAGAUAAAAGGUAUAGCAAUACGAACUUGUCAGAGUAAAACGAAAAAUGGUUUGGCUUC